AUGAUGAUGCCCGACUUUGUCCGCCGCGGACGAUCUACCACCUCUAAUCCCGACAACAUCGGCAAGUCUCACGGGUCUACGCGUAGGAAGAGCAAUCCAACCUGCAGUCGGAAGCCAUCUCGGACCAGUUCUCAGCUCGACGAUUGGAGCGAUGGCUUCACGGGGUUCGUCGAUCUCGACCGGAGAAUGCGCGAGCUGGCCAUGUCAGAGCAGGGCUUCCCCGCAUUUGGCGUCGGCGAUCACUCCGAUGUGUACGAGCCCUUCCCUCGAUCCCCCUCUUCUUGGUCGGAUCGUGUGACAGAUCGUCGACGCAGUUCAUCGGAUUCCACACCAAGCAGCAUUUCGCAACUCUACAUGGCGACUGACCCGACCAAUCCGUCUCUGACGCCGUCUUUCAGCUCGACGACCGCGACCUCACGGUUCUCGCAAGACUCUUUUGGCCAUUUUCCAUCAUCCUGGUCAAAGCGUGCAUCUGUGACAGCCAGUAACGUCGACUCUUUGGAGAGUGUACAUAGCCCACUGCGACUCGCGCCUCUCCCUGCCUGUCCUUCGGCCUUUGGCAAUUUUCGGCUGACGGACGCUGCUGCGGCGUCAAAGUCGAAGCGAUUUGGCAGCAACUUGUCACCGUCAUCUUGGUCGAGUCAGGACGAUUGCGAACCGCGAACUCCACUCGCUGCAGGUCCAGGCUCCUCGAAGCACGAGCAAUACGAACCUCUCACCCCCGGCAUAGCAGCAGCCGCCACGUGGGUCGAUCCUUCCGCAUUCAGCUAUUUCCCUGCCGGUCUCGGUAGCAGUGACAGCAGCAAGCUCAAGACACGCUCUCUGCGAAAGAAAGCGACUCGAGCUCCUCUGCCACGCCUGAUCUCGGGCGAAGUGGUGUCGUCCGCCAUCGAUCUGACUGAAUCACCUGUUUCAACGCAUUCGUGGCAUCAGCUCAAGCAUUCCGCGUCGGCUCCCGCGAAUGACCGUUCCGAUCGCAAGGACGCAUCAUCGUCCAGCACACACGCUUUCAAGAGGUCCGCACAGUCACUCGCUCUGAACUUGCGACGCAAGAUCAACCGCGCGAAACGCAACGUCCAUCGUUCGGGCCAGGAUGUUGCUCCACGCGCAACAUGGUCUUAG